ACCUAAGUAACCAGGAAGUGAUUGGCGCACACGCACGCACACACCCACUAACACGCACUCAGGAGGGAACUGAAACACACAUCAAUAAGGUGAGUAAACAAAUUCCAUGUGGGAGGCGUAAAGCUGGCAGGAGUUGGUAGGAGUUUAAAAAGAGGAAAAAUAAUGUUUUGAAAUAGACAGCUAUUAUUGCGAACCCGAAGAGGCAUAUACGGCAACCCGGAAGGUGAGACGUAACCGCCUUUUAAACAGUUGUCAAGUUAUUAAUGGCGGCCACUUUGGCAAGUUUCCAACUACAUACAACGACUAGAAAACACGACUGUUGAAAAAGUCGAAAAUAUGGUGGAUGAGACACGUGAAUUAAUGGAAUUUUGCCCUCACAGACAUGAGAUGAACUGAGUUCAAACCAGUUAUCAAUAAACUCAUGAUUUCCAGUCUAAAUGGGGAAGUGAGCAGAGGCUUCAGCUUUGUUUAUGUUGCAGGUUCAACUCUGAGCAGCCUGAGAUGUUGAAAUGAAGUUUGAUGAAAAGAUUGUUUCUUAUUUCGAAUCUUGCAACUCACCCGUGGACAAGAAAGGCUACCUGUUCAAGAAGGUAAGUUUUAUUUGGCAAGAUUUCAGAUAUUACUUCAGAGCAUUCUUACAAACUGUGUUCAUAUUAAAGAGAAAGUUCUGGGGAAAUGCUGGGAGUGUUUACAAGAACUAAUGAAUAUUUUAAACCCACUAAAUGGCUUAAAGCUUUUUACAUGCCUCCAUAAACUACUAAACUUAAGUUGUUAAGUAAUAAAAUAGUCAAAAGGUUUUUAAAAAAUAAAAACCUCAGGGCUUUUCAUGGAAGAAUUAGGUUAAUGAUCAGUGAAAUCUUAUAAAUCACUGCUGAACUCAAACAAUGAAAAUACCAAAUCACAUUUGAACAAAAGGGGAAAAAAGUAAUUUUACUUCUUGGUUGUUGUAGCAGUAACUUCAUAAACACCUCUGUAACAUUGACCUCCCCUUUUGCUGUUUGUUUCCCCAGCUAGUUGUGUAAGAUAUUGAGUAAAGGCAGGAUUUCUAACCGAAUCACUUUACCCAGCAUGUCCUAAAUGUCCUACAGGGUGAGAUAAAGACUUCCUAUCAGAAGCGCUGGUUUGUGUUGAAGGGGAACCUCCUCUUCUACAAAGACCGGCCUGACGAUCGGGAUCUGACAGGAGUGAUUGUUCUGGAGGGCUGCACCGUCCAGCUGUGUGAGUCCGAGGAGCAGUUCGCCUUCUCGCUGGUGUGGAACGAGCCAGGAUUGAGGACCUACAAGUUUGCAGCUGAGGACCAGGCGAGCCAGGAGAGCUGGAUCAAAGCCCUGCUGUCUGCCAACCACAGCUACCUGUACCUGCUGGUGAUGGACCUGGAAAAGAAGUACAGAGGUAAGGGAUGAAAAAGAUGAGUGUCUGUCAUCACAUCAGGAGUGACAGAGAGAUGUCUUUGUUCUGAGAGCAGCUGUGCAAGGCCACAGUGUUUACAGCCUCCACAUUUGACACCAUGCACACCAUGGUACACAGUAUACAUACAGUAAAACGUCACAAAACCUGCCUUUUAUGUGGUUUGGGUGUUUUACUUUGCUCACCUUUUCAGCCAAAUAUGUGUUUCAUUUCGUACACUGUGUUUAAUAACUUACCAAAUCCCUAAAAGGAAACUUAAAUGGCAGGGUUAUUCAUAUAAAGUAUUGGCUUUUGUUUGUUUCUAUCAAUUUUUAUACAGGUUACUGUGUUGUGCAUUGAUAAACUUGUUAUAAACUUAAAUAAUGUGCUGAUGUGUCAUAUGUAACGUAGAUCUUAGUGAAGAAAGAACCGAAAAAAAACUCCAAGUUCUUUUUUAGGGGAAGGAGCUGGACAUGUAGCAGACGAUUUCAUCUCUGUGGUUGAACUAACAGUUAUCGGUCCGUUUUUGAAGCUAUCUCCUUAACAUCACACCAAUUUUAGACUCAGAGAAGGCAUUUGUGAUGGUAGAAGCAAAGUUGCUUUCGGUUGGGUCUGUUUACAUUUUUACCAAGAGAUUUAACCAGCAACCUUUUUUUUUACUUUAAAAUGAUUUUCCCAUUAAAUUUUAGAACCUAAUUCAAAGGAAAGUAAAUUAAUGUGGGCAGGAUUUUAAAAGAUAAGAUGAGGUGAAAUUAAGAACUGGCCCAGAUUAGACCCCUUUUGGGUAUUGUUUGAGGAGUUUUUUAAGACACUGAAUAAGAAUUUAACAACACAGAUAGCAGCUUUUCUUCAGCACUAAAUAUGUUUAGAAGGAAGGAACUCAGGCGGUCAGGACUGAUGGUUUGAUCACUCUCAUUAACAUGUGAAAUAGCUGAUCCAAUCAUAAGAUGACAGCUCUAAACACAGAUGUGAUUUCAUUUCAUUUUAUUUUUGUUCCUCCCAUGAAAGUAAACAGUACAAUACAAAAAGAUGUCACACAUGUCUACAGUAAAUUUUCAAGUCAACAACUUUCAUGAUUAAGAAGGAGUAGUAAGAGUAUAAUUCCUAUCUAUGUCUGCCCCUAACCUCAGCCCAAAGAAUUGUAAUUAUACCUAAGGUGCUUUAAAGACACAUUCAGAGCUGGACUGCCUAUGACCACACACUAUUUACAGGGUUUGAAUGAAUAUGUCUCAAUCAGCUGAUGCCUUGUGUACAAACUAACCACAUCCUCGUUCAGACACACCAACAUUUUGACAUAUUGUUCCUCAAAAUUUUGCAACCCUUAAGUUUAUCCCAUAAUUAUAAUGUAAUUGAUAUUGAGAUGAGAGAACUACAUUAAGAUAACCACACAAUUUUAAUAUUUUGUUGAAAGCUAGCGAAAGAUUGAUUGCAGUUAUACAGCAAAAACCUUUUGAGUUGGAAGGUACAUUUGAAAAAAGGUGGUUGUCUUAUUUCAUAGGUCAAGACCUGAAAGUGCCAGGAGACUUCAAUUCUUGUCUGUUAAGUGUAUGUACCUUUAAUAACUGAUGGCCAGAUGUCACUCACAUGCACAGCACCACACAGUGAUAGUCAGGAACAGAGACAAUGAGAAGUAGGCUGAGUUUACCAACAACUGAGGCAGUGUUAUGUGUUGAUUGUAAAUAAUGGUUGUGUAUUUGUUGUUUCUUUCCUCAGAUUUGGUUGGCGAGUUUGCCAGUGAACCCACCAAAGCUUUCACCAUGCCCAAUCUCAGCUCAGCACAACCUGGACUUCCUUCAGCCUCUCUAAGCACACAAACUUCCACCCUCCCCGCAUAUUCAGCAACAGUCGCAGGAGCAGCAUUCAGCCCCAGUUCCAGUCCGAUGCUAACACCUCCGAAUGUGUCAUCCAAAUCAGCCAGCAAAAGAUCACCCAAACUGUGGCCCAAGAGGAGUGCUAACGUGAUGCCUAUUAACACGCCCUCUCCACCUUUGGGGGAUUGGUCAGGGCUCUGUUUCAGCACUAAAGACGAGUUUGGCAAAUUACAUGAAGAUUUUGGAAAAGAGGUGAAGGUACUGAUCGCUGAUUGGUUGAGGAAGGGGCAAGGUGGUGCAGCUGUUCAGGGAGAAGAUUUAAUAGAUUUUGGAUAGAGGAUGUGGAGUGUUAUCCUUUCAUUUCAGUUACUUCAGUUGAUGGCAAACCUGAGAUGUGAAUACAAAUAAGGAUAUAUUACUUAUUUUAUAUCUUUGUACUGUAUAUGUUAUAUGGGUUAAAGAGUGUGAUGUUUGUUUUUUACUUGUUAUGCCAUACAGUCAAUAAAUAAUAUAUGAUCUGUUUGAUUUUUCUUUGUUAUUU